UAUAAGGAGGCUAGAAUGUUGUGGUUUUCCUUCUCUUGAAGAUAGAGAUUAAUAUAGGAGAGAGAGAGAGAGAGAGAGAGAGAGAGAGGGAGGGUAUUAGUGUUGUGAGCCAAUGGAUGAACAUCUCAACCCAUUAGCUGUUACUCAUCUCCUACAACACACCCUCAGAAGUCUAUGCCUCCAUGAAAAUUCUCAGUGGGUUUAUGCAGUCUUCUGGAGGAUCCUACCAAGAAAUUACCCCCCACCCAAAUGGGAUGGACAAGGAGCUUAUGAUAGGUCAAGAGGAAACAGGAGAAAUUGGAUAUUGGUUUGGGAAGAUGGUUUCUGCAAUUUUGCUGCUUCAUCAGCAGCUGAUAUAAAUUCAGUAGAUUGCCCUGGCUCAUCAGUUUAUGGGAACUGUGAGUUUCAACAAUACCAAGGUCUGCAACCAGAGCUGUUUUUCAAGAUGUCCCAUGAGAUCUACAACUAUGGAGAAGGUUUGAUAGGAAAAGUCGCUGCAGAUCAUAGUCACAAGUGGAUACAGAAAGAGCCAAGUGACCAAGAAAUUAAUUUCUUGUCAGCAUGGCACAACUCAGCGGACUCACACCCUAGGACAUGGGAAGCACAGUUCCAAUCUGGUAUAAAGACCAUAGCUUUGAUUGCAGUUAGAGAAGGUGUUGUCCAGUUAGGAGCCAUUCACAAGGUGAUUGAAGACCUGAACUACGUUGUUCUACUAAGAAAGAAAUUCGGCUACAUUGAAAGCAUCCCAGGUGUGCUUUUACCUCACCCAUCUUCCACAGCAUACCCUUUCAAAGUUGAUGGAUACAGCACCCCAGAAGCAUGGCAUUUCCAAGGCACUUCAACUACUACUGUUGCACCUUCAGGAGCCGAAUUCUUUGACCAAUACAACCUGCCUUUGAAAAUAACACCUUCCAUGAGCAGCCUUGAAGCCCUUCUUUCAAAGCUUCCCUCAGUUGUUCCACCCACUACACCUUCACAGCAGCCAGUACAGUUUAUGCCAUGUUUAAGGCCAUUGGAGUUUAUGGGAAUUGAAAAAGUGGCCAAAGAGGAGAUUGAUGAAGAGAUAUAUAGGCCAGAACAUGAUGUGGGUGAGAGCAGCAGUUCUGCAUAUAGGCGUCAACAACAUUUCCAUCAGAACCAGCAUGAUGAGAAUGUAACUAGCAGCGGACUCAACAAUGGAUUUUAAGUGGUACUGCUUAAAAAUUUAUUAGAGAUUAUAUAUAUAAGAUUAGGGGGUUGCUUCCUAACGAUUUUAGAAUGCUUAGUUUCAGUUUGGUGUUUCUAGUAGGCUAGCUAGGCUUUUAUCUUUCCUUCUUCUUUUUUGAUAAGCGGCUUUUAUCUUUCCUUGUUGUACGUGAAUGCCCUCUUAGUCCUAGUAUGAUAUAAUUUGAAGAAUCUUCCAGCUA